AUGUCGUCUCGUGCCUCCUUAUGGAGCCGUGGGCAGAGUCUGAGUGGGCACAGCAACUCAUCCACCUCCUCUGGACUCCCCGGUGACGAGUUCCACACUCUUCAAAAGCGCCAGACCCGUGACCGACUAGAGGCUCAUUUCUCCCAUCACGGAAGUUCAACCCGUUCACACCCACGCACAUCUUACCAAGAUGUAUUUCUCCCGCAGGAUGAUCGCGUGCGAAUAUCAGAAGUGAAAAACGCCACGCGGCGAGCGCUAGGAUCUAGCUUCGACUUCACUGAUGGCGGGUAUAGUCGUACUAAGCGUGUUGACAGCCUCAAAACGCCCCACGCGGCCGGGAGUCGACGGGGUGGCAGUAAGUACGAUGAACCUAUUCCGCAGAAGUAUCUUGAUGAGUACCACAAGCGGUCGCGUGAGGACGAUGAGAAGUAUGACGCUGACCAAUACAAGGCAGAUUUUACGUCUUUUGCACGGUGGCGUACGCACGAUGUUCUAGAUGUUAAUAAUGGAGCGAUUCGUCCACCGAAUUCAUAUCGCGAAACCGCUCAUUCCUCUGCGCACUUAAGGAGCAUGGACAGCGUCAUGGAUGACAAGCGCGAAGUUGCUCGACCUCCACUUGUGAGUAAAUUUAGCUUCGAUAGUGAUAUGGCUGAAUGGCGAAACUCGGUAGGUAUUCCUGGGGCGUAG